AUGGAGGACCGCAGGACGGCGGUGAUGGUCGUCACCAUCGUCGUCUUCGUCCUGGCCUCCGUCUUCGUCGCUCUCCGCUUCGUCUCUCGAUGGGGGAUCGUGCGCAGGAUCGCGCUGCACGAUCAUGUCAUGCUGCUGGCUUGGAUCAUCGACUUCGGUUUCACUUUCUCCAUCUGCUAUGCCACCACCAAGGGAUUGGGUCUGCCGGAUGUCCAUGUCCCCCCAAGCUCGCAGCCGGCUCUCAAUCGUUUGGAAUAUGCCACCACCGUGCUCUACAAUCCCGCCUUGAUGGCGCUAAAGACAUCCAUCCUCAUCUUCUACCUGACCCUGACCAAAGGAGAAAAAGUCUUCCGCUGGGCAAACUACGUCACGCUCAUCGUGGUGAACGCUGCCGGGUUUGCCUUGACCUUGAUUAAUGUCUUCCAGUGCCAUCCCUUGAGCGCCGCCUUCCACUACCCGCCCGUCGACAACGCCACCUGCAUCGAUAUCGUCACCCUGUAUCUGUCCUCCGCUCCGGUCAACCUCAUCACCGACCUUGCCAUCUUCUUCCUGCCCAUGCCCAUCUUGACCCGCAUGCGCCUCCCGCUGAAGCAGAAGAUCAUCUUGAUUAUCACCUUCAGUUUCGGUGUCUUUACGGCCGUGGUGGAUGUCAUUCGGGUCGCCUACCUCCAGAGCGCGGCGUCCUCUCGCGCCAUGACCUAUCACAGUUCGGAUUCCUCCCACAUCAACUCCCUUGAGCAUCAGGACUUUUCUUGUAUGCCGCUCCCGUCUCCAAGCAUGACCGAUAAGCUCAUGUUAUUGACUUCUCUAGGGUAUGGUGCCUUUACGUUUAUGUGGUCGGCCGUCGAGGUCAACAUCGGUAUGAUCUGUGCUUGUGUCCCGAGCUUGAAGCCCUUGGUCGCACGAGUGCUUCCCAGGAUGAUCAAGGGCACCGAUGAUUUGACCCCCAACACAGCAGUCGCAGCUACCGACCCUCCCACCGCAGAAAUGCCCGUCAGUCCACCGCGGUCAGACUCUGGACCCACGUCUACCACCCUGCGUCCGCCAGAUACAUCGUCAAGUGAUCGAGGCAAGGCCUCUACCGGUGGAAGUGAAAGCAGCACCAGGAGGAAUGCACCCGCAGCACCCGAAGACUAUGUCGACAUGAUGGACUUCCUCACCGCCCCCGACGAGGGCCCUCGGGAUCUGGAAGGCAGUGCGCCCACUGGGAGCGGCUCGACGCCACAGAAUGUCACCACCUUUUAUGACUUUGUCAACAUGAAGAAGCCCAAAAGCAUGCUCAAGAUGAACACCCGGGAGUCCAUCCCGCCGGUCGCGCUGACCACCAUCCUGUUCUUCUUGUGGGGGUUCGCCUACGGGUUUUUGGAUAUCUUGAACGCCCAAUUCCAAGCUAUUGCGCAUGUCAGCACGUGGGGCUCUCUGGGCAUGCACGCCGCGUACUACGGCGGUUAUCUGAUCGCCCCGUUGACGGUCGGUCGCCUCGUCCUGACGAUCUGGGGUUUCAAAGCGACGUUCAUCACGGGCCUCUGCAUCUACGCCUGUGGAACUCUGAUCUUUUGGCCGUCGGCGGUCUUGACCUCGUUUCCAGCGUUCACCGUGUCGAAUUUCAUUGUCGGCUUCGGACUGGCCGUUUUGGAGACGGCUGCCAACCCGUUCAUUGCGCUCUGCGGACCGCAGGAGAAUUCGGAGAUGCGCUUGAACUUUUCACAGGCAAUCCAGGCCACGGGGAGCGUGCUCUCGCCGCUGCUGGCCAAGAAGGUCUUGUUCGGGACCGUGCAGGACGCCGUGUCGCUGGUCGAUGUCCAGUGGACGUAUCUCGCAAUCGCUCUCUUCGACGUUCUGCUCGCCGUUGCGUUUUACUAUCUGCCGGUGCCGGAAGCGUCCGACGACGAUCUCAGAGAACUGGCCAACCGGCGGGGGGACGCAAAUUCGGCAAAGGUGGCGGGACUUCCUGUUGUUUGGGUCACCUUUUGCUUGGGCGUGUUCUCUCAAUGGUGCUAUGUGGGCGGACAGGAGGGACUCUCAACAAGCUUUCAGAAUUUGGUUAACGCGUUGAUGCCGAACUCCCGACUCGGUUCAUUUGACUACCUCCUAAUCGGUCGCACGCUCUUUGCCGUUGGCCGUUUCUUUGCCGCUUUCGCGCAAUGGUUCCUCAAACCCCGGUGGAUCCUUCUUGUCUCUUACAUCGGGAUGGUCGUGUUCGCCGUGCUUUGCAUGAACGUGCGCGGUUCCGGCGGCGUGGCCAUGGGGCUGAUGCUCUUUCUCUUCGAGAGCGGCGCGUUCAGCAUCAUUUUCGCCAUCUCCCUGCGUGGAAUGGGACCGUACACAAAAACCGGGGCGUCCAUCAUGACGGCCGCCAUCAGCGGUGGAGCGAUUUUCCCAUUCCCGCAACAGGCCGCUGUGAUCCGUCGCGGCGAGCCAUACUCCUUCUGCGUGGUUGCUGCCCUCUAUGCUGCUGGCGCCAUCUUUCCCGUGUACCUGAACCUCGUCCCGGCAGCACGGAAGCAGGUCGACCCGGUGCCCAACGAAUAUCUUCGCCACUAUCCACGUCGUCGACGCCAUACCGUUGGGGUCGUGCAUCGCGAGAAGGAGAACCCGUCGUCGGGCGGAGUGCUCUCUCGACCCCGCAGUCUGAUGGACGAGCCUCUCCCGGCGGUGCAACUGCCGGGGGAGAUUCACGUCAAUGACCAUGCCGUGUCGAGGAGCAGCUCUCCCAGCCUGCCGAGUAGAAGAGGCGGCAUUAUGCAUGAUUUGGCGCCGUGGCCGGACGAGCCGGACGAGUCGGGCAGGACAUAA